GAACUCAGCUCAAAGGUCCACCAGCACUCUCCAUCACUGCAACACCGAUCUCAGAGCUCCAACAGCACUCUCCAUCACUGCAACACCGAUCUCCCAGCACCACCAGCACUCUCCGUCACUGCAACACCGAUCUCAGAGCUCCACCAGCACUCUCCAUCACUGCAACACCGAUCUCAGAGCUCCACCAGCACUCUCCAUCACUGCAACACUGAUCUCUGAGCUCCACCAGCACUCUCCAUCACAGCAACACCGAUCUCAGAGCUCCACCAGCACUCUCCGUCACAGCAACACUCUGGAAGUCUCAAUUUCCUGCAGUUAAUUAGCAAUUAAAUUAAAGCAGGGUAGCGUGUUUCUAUUGCAGCAGCAACAGCAGAGAGCAGAAUGUUGUUGGAGGUACUAGCGGCACUGGUGGCACUGGUGUUGACUCUACGGGUCUACUACAGGGUUAUUUCCGGUCGGUGCCACUCCAAGACGUCACUUAUUGGCAAAACUGCAAUUAUCACUGGUGGCAGUGCAGGUAUUGGGAAGUACACAGCCAAGGACCUGGUGCGUCGAGGAGCGAGGGUGAUCCUUGCUUGUAGGAACCUGGAAAAGGCGAGCAAAGUGGCAGUGGAGAUCAGAGAGUCUCCAGGUAGCGUCGGGGAGGUGGUCGUGCGACAUCUGGAUACCUCCGACCUCACCUCCGUCAGGAAGUUCGCCGAGCAAAUACUCCAGACAGAGACUGCCAUCCAUAUCUUGAUCAACAACGCUGGUAUCCUGGGACCGAAGGAGAAGCAGCUGACCGAAGAUGGAUUAGAACUGACCAUGGUGACCAACCACUUCGGUCACUUCCUCCUCACCAACCUCCUCCUAGGGUUGCUGAAGAAAAGUGCUCCUAGCCGGGUGAUCAACGUGACGUCCUCAGCCCAUUCAUACCUCAAGAAGCUGGACCCAGAUUCGUUGAACUUCGAACACGACAAGUACUCCGUAAUGGCAGCUUACGGACAGAGCAAGCUGUGCAACGUGCUGUUCACCCAGGAGCUGGCUGUCAAGCUGUCAGGCUCAGGGGUGACAGCCAACAGUGUUCACCCCGGGGGCGUCAACACUGGAAUACUGGAUGCUCAUCCCCUGAGCCUCAUGGUCUGUGCCAUGAAGAUUUUGUUCCUCACUGUCUGCAAGAAUCCAGAGUUGGGAGCCCAAACUUCCAUCUAUCUAGCUGUGGCGGAGGAAGUAGAUGGAGUGAGCGGACGAUACUUCGUAGACUGCAAGGAAGCUGAGCCGUCCCAAUUAGUCCAACAAAAGCAUCUAGCCCAGCAACUGUGGAAGGCCAGUGAAGUGGCUGUUAAACUUCAACCCCACGAGAAGCACUACUAGCUAGCUGUUUACUAGCCCAGCUAGCUCUUUACUAGCCCAGCUAGCUCUUUACUAGCCCAGCUAGGUCUUUACUAGCCCAGCUAGCUCUUUACUAGCCCAGCUAGGUUUUUACUAGUCCAGCUAUCUCUUUACAAGACCGAUUAGGUCUUUACUAGCCCGGCAAGCUCUUUAGUAGCCCAGCUAGCCCUUUACUACCUCAGUAAGUCUUUAAUAACCCAAGUAGCUCUUUACUAUUCAAAUUAGCUCUUUACUAGCCUAGCUACCUCUUUACUAGCCCGGCUUAUCUUUACUAGCCCAACUAACUCUAUACUCUCCCAGCACUGUCUUUACAUGCACAGUUAGCUCUCUACUAACCCAGCUAGGUCUUUAUUAGCCCAGCUUGCUCUAUGCUAGCCCAGCUAGAUUUUAACUAGCCUAACUACCUCUUUACUAGCCCAGCUAGCUGUAUACUAACCCAACUAGGUCUUUACCAGCCAGGCUAGUUCUUUUCUAGCCCAAAGAGAUUUUUCUAGCCCAGCUCCCUCUUAAUUAGCCCAUCUAGCUCUAUACUAUCCCAGAUAAGAUUUUACUAGAACAUAAGAAUGGAGAAACACUGCAGAAGGCCUACUGGCCCAUACUAGGCAGGUCUUUCUCAAAACCAUCCAGUCCCACCCUUUUAUUUGCUUAACCUUUUCACAAAGCUAUUCAGGGUCCUAGUUUCUAUUAGCUCACUAGGUAGAUUGUUUCAUCACCUAGUCAACAACUAGCACAACAUUCUCUACCUUCUAGCUAGCUACUAGUACAGUAAUAUACAUUCUAGCCAGAUACUAGCACAGUAGUCACUACCUUCUAGCCAGCUACUAACAUAGUAGUAUUUACCUUCCAGCUAGCUACUAGCACAGUAGUCACUACCUUCUAGUCAGCUACUAGCACAGUACAUUAUAAGAGUACAAAUGCAAAAUGAGUUAUGCAAUAAUUUAAUAUCUAGUUGAUUAGUGAUUUGCAUAUUCCUAAAUUAAUGCACAGAGACACAGAGAAAGACAGACAGAUAGAGAGACAGACAGAUAGAGAGACAGAGAGCGAGAGAGAGAGAGAGAGAGAGAGAGAGAGAGAGAGAGAGAGAGAGAGAGAGAGAGAGAGAGAGAGAGAGAGAGAGAGAGAGAGAGAGAGAGAGAGAGAGAGAGAGAGAGAGAGAGAG